AGUUUAUAUCUCAUAAUGAAAAAUCCAAACCGCGUGCCCUGUGCCCACCAGGGAAGUCUCGUGACCAGCUGGCCCCCGGCAUUCCCUGCCCUGAAGGAAGAGGAGAGCAGUGAGGAGGAGGCCACGGCGGCUGCCCCCUCCCAGGAGCAGGAGCCUGUCCCCACAGAGCUGGACGGAGUGCGGACGCCAGAGCCCCUGGAGGACUUCCCCAAGCGUGAAGACCAGGAGGGCUCCUCGCCGGAAACCAGCCUGCCCUACAAGUGGGUGGUGGAGGCCGCAAACCUCCUCAUCCCUGCCGUGGGGUCCAGCCUCUCUGAAGCCCUGGACUUGAUCGAGUCGGACCCCGAUGCUUGGUGUGACCUGAGUAAGUUUGACCUCCCCGAGGAGCCAUCCGCAGAGGGCAGCAUUGGCGGCAGCCCGGUGAAGCCCCAUCCAUCGCAGCAGCAGCAGGCCCCGCCAACCCGCCAGCCUGCCGCCGCUGUGCCCAGCGUGACCGAGUACCGCCUGGAUGGCCACACCAUCUCAGACCUGAGCCGGAGCAGCCGGGGCGAGCUGAUCCCCAUCUCCCCCAGCACUGACGUGGGGGGCUCGGGCAUCAGCACACCGCCCUCGGUGCUCAAGCGGCAGAAGAAGAGGCGAGUCGCCCUGUCACCUGUCACGGAGAACAGCGCCAGCCUGUCCUUCCUGGACUCCUGCAACAGCCUCACCCCGAAGAGCACGCCCGUCAAGACCCUGCCCUUCUCGCCCUCCCAGUUUCUGAACUUCUGGAACAAACAGGACACACUAGAGCUGGAGAGCCCCUCGCUGACGUCCACCCCCGUGUGCAGCCAGAAGGUGGUGGUCACCACGCCGCUGCACCGGGAUAAGACACCCCUGCACCAGAAACACGCUGCGUUUGUAACCCCAGAUCAGAAGUACUCCAGGGACAGCACUCCUCACACACCGACCCCGUUCAAGAACGCCCUGGAGAAGUACGGACCACUAAAGCCCCUGCCCCAGACCCCGCACCUGGAGGAGGACUUGAAGGAGGUGCUGCGCUCCGAGGCCGGCAUCGAGCUCAUCAUUGAGGAUGAAGCGAGGCCCGAGAAGCAGAAGAGGAAGGCUGGGCUGCGGCGAAGCCCCAUCAAGAAAGUCCGCAAGUCCCUGGCCCUUGACAUCGUGGAUGAGGACGUGAAGCUGAUGAUGUCCACGCUGCCCAAGGCUCUGCCUUUGCCAGCCAACAUCCCACCAGGCUCCUCCAGCCUCACCCCGUCGGGCAGCAGAGAGGACAGCAGCCUGCUCAACGAGGGCUUCCUGCAGGCCAAGCCCGAGAAGCCGGCGGCCCAGAAGCCUCGAGGCCACUUUCCAACUCCUGCCCCCAUGACCAGCGCCUGGAAGAUGGUGGCCUGCGGGGGGACCAGGGACCAGCUCUUCAUGCAGGAGAAAGCCCGGCAGCUCUUGGGCCGCCUGAAGCCCAGCCACACAUCUCGGACCCUCAUCUUGUCUUAGGGGCUUGGCAGUCACGAGCCCAUUCUCAUGUUUACAGGGGGCUGGGGGGCCGAGUCUAGGCUGUGAAUUUGAGAAUCACACACACAUGACCGCCUGCAGGGAGCCUUUUGCCGCCGGCCCCUCCCCAGACUGCUCAGGUGGAGACAGAGCAGGGCCACCCACUGUCCUGUCUCCGAGUCCGGCUGCAGCUGCGGGCGGUUCCUGGUGCUAACAGAACAAAGUCCCACCUCUGAGCUGGCCCAGCCCUCCCCCCAGUGCCACAGGGAGCCCUGUUAGCUUCUCCCAAGCCCUGGUCAGGCCUGGCCUCAUCUCAGACCCCUGCUUAGGACAGGGGAUGUGGCCAGUGUGCUCCUUCCUUCAACCCGUUGGUAUAUUUUCUUGAAAGAAUAAAAGUUGUCUUUCUCCUGU